GGACAGUUUCUGCCCACUUGCAUUACGAUUGCGAAACCUAUUCGUAAGUCAUGUACCGUAUUUAUUAUGCCUUAUAGAACCACGGUUACAGGAUUAUUCGUUUUAUUCUUCUGCCCAGACCGUGCGUUAAGUCUAGGUUUAUCUGUUCGUAGUGUCUAGUUUAGUUUCGUACGACGUACUUAGUUUAGGCUUAGUAUCGUUGGUACAUAAGUUGAAUAGUGCAACCAUGUCCGUUUCUGAUGAUUCUUUUGAUGUUGUUAACGUUACUGAUGCUGAGAAACUUCGAAAAGCUGAAUCCCGUAUUCGCCUGUUGGAGUCGGCUUUAACGAGCAUGCGCAUGUUGCAGGCGAAUACUGUUGAUGCUAAGGACUACGUCGAACCUGAAUUUGAGUCGGAUGCUCUUAUUAAUGAACGUUCGCGAUUUAUUCCGGCCGACGAUUGUGUGCUUGCUCCCGAAGUUGCCAUCUGCUCGUCGUUUGUGAAGCCUGUUUAUAGGGGUCCGCACGUCGCAUCCGUAGCUCAGUUGGUUGGUCCGUUGGCAUCCGACAGUACCGGCGUUCGAUCCCAGUCGGGGGCGUUUUGCUCCGGCCUUCAAUCUGACGGUAACCUGUGUCCGGAACGCAAAUCCAGCGAUUUUGGACCCAGCACGUCAUCCUGUCUUCCAAAACGUGAACUGAUAACAUUCGAUGGGGAUCCUGCCCGCUAUUGGAUGUUUAUGCGAUGCUUCGAAGCCAAUGUUUCCAGAACUACUUCCGAUCCAACUAUCAGGCUUUCAUAUCUGAUACAAUACUGUUGUGGCGAAGCCAAAGAAGCUAUCGAAAGUUGCUUAAUACUCGACCCUGGUGAAGGUUUUGAAGAAGCAAUGAACAUUUUGCGCAGACGCUUCGGACGGCCCCACAUGAUUGCUAGGACUCACAUUAAUGCUCUAACUGAUGGCCCUAACAUCAGGCCCAAUGAUUUCACGGCUCUGUCUCGUUUAGCUGUUGAACUGCGUUCAUGCUACUUGACGUUGAAACAAUUGAGGUAUGAAUCUGAUUUGAACGCGUCCAGAACAAUCAGCUCUAUAGUCAGGAGGCUGCCUAACCAUCUGCAAUUCAAGUGGGCCGAGCAUGCCGCCAGAGUUAUCCGCACCGAAAGAGAACCGAACUUCAUUGAUUUGACGGAUUUCGUGGAUGAAACCGCAGACGUCGUCGAUACUUAUUUGUCCUUUGCCGCACGUCCCUGCGGACUACCGGCCAUCACCGAUAGAGGCAGAAGCUUAAACUCUCGGGGAUAUGCCGCUUGCCUAAACGUUGCCGCUUCAUCAGAACGAAAUUUCCCUAAAUGUCUUUCCUGUGAACAACGCCACUACUUAGAUCAGUGCGAUGAUUUCCGAAAUCUCAGCCUCAACAAACGUCUUGAAUUCUGUCACGCUCAUAGACUGUGUCAGCUCUGUCUCAAACCGAAUCAUGACCUAGUAAAUUGUCGAUCACGAAGGUGUUGUGGGUCGAACAAUUGUAAGCUGCUGCACCACCCGCUACUCCACGUUGAUCGAAGCAACUUCGGAACACCAACCACUGAAGGAUCCAGUUUUGCUCUCAGUCACAUCGAACGCUCUGUUGUGUCGCUUGGCUUGUUACCUGUGCUUGUUUCUGGGCCUGCUGGCACCAUUCGAACAUUAGCCUUAAUAGAUAAUGGAUCAGAUACUUCACUGAUUGAUUCAACAUUACUUCAAGUUAUCGGGGUUCAAGGGUCCGUGACUCCACUUAACAUUAGCACCGUUGCUGGCCAAUGUCAAGUGGAGUCCCAGUUGGUUAGUGUAACUGUUCGAUCUAUAGAUGGGGAUGAGGCGGUCCAAUUAAAUUCAAUUAGGUCAGUCAGUCAUCUCCCUGAAAAACUUGGAACGAGAAACAGGAACAACGAUUUCGCCAGAUGGUCCCACCUCUCCGAUCUACGGUUACCGGAGCUGGAAGGAAGGAUUGAACUUUUGAUUGGUUGCGAUAACCCAUACCUACACUGGGCAUUAGAUCAGAGACGCGGGGAUCCUGAUGAUCCGUAUGCUGUUAAAACUCCAUUGGGCUGGAUCGUACUGGGACCGAACAAACAUCACGAGAUUAUGAAGGAUCAAUCCACAACACUGAUUGUUGAUCGAACACGGAGGAUCAACUCACUUCGCUGCGAUACCACUGACCUUCAUCAACCACUAGAGCAAAUAUAUGAAAGGGAAUUUGAGGGAUUAGAUAGUCCACGACUAACCAUGUCUGUGAACUACGGACGCGCGUUAAAACCAAUGGAAGCUUCUAAAAGAAAAGUUGGUACCCACUACGAAAUUGCGCUACCAUGGCAAGCUGGGAGACCUCGGUUACCAGAUAACCGGCAAUUCGCACUGAUGAGGCUUGCCAUGUUGAGGAAACGUUUGUUGAAGAAUGCCGCACUGCGCCAAGUACACACCAAGGUAGUGAAAGAAAAUAUAUUUAGAGGAUAUGCUGAACUCGCUCCAGUACAGGAACAGCAGAAAAAAGGGGAAACCUGGUACCUACCCCAUCACUCGGUAUCGCAUCCCCGUAAGCCCGGUAAAGUGCGAGUGGUCUUCGAUUGUCAAGCUUCAUACCAUGGAACUUCUCUCAAUCAACAACUUCUACCUGGUCCCGAUAUAUCAAACAGUCUAGUGGGGAUGCAUUUACGGUUCUGGUUUCACCCGAUCGCCGUGGCGUCCGACAUUGAAGCAAUGUUUCACCAGGUUAAGAUUUCUAUUAAGGAUCGGAAUUGUUUGAGGUUCCUGUGGUGGAAGAAUGGCAAUCUUUGUUCACCCCCUAUUGAAUACCACAUGACUGUACAUCCGUUUGGCGCUACUUCGUCACCAAGCUGCGCUAACUUUACAUUACGACAAGCUAUCGUUGACAGUUAUUGUGAAUCUCAAACAAAGGCUAAACAAGUAGCAGAGAACUGUUUUUAUGUCGACGAUUGUUUAUUUAGUGUUGUUUCUGUUCCCGAAGCAACUGAACUCGUUAUACACCUUACUCGUAUUCCAUCCGACGGAGGACUUCAUUUGACGAAAUGGGUCAGCAAUCGAAAGAAAGUUAUCGCGCUUCUACCUGACAACGAACUGAAGGUUCACGGAAUAAGAUAUUCGACUGCGGACGAUUGUGUUACAACUGCGCCUGGUUUAAACUGGAACGUCACCCAGGACCAUCUAACUUUUAUGCUGGAAGAUUUUAAGAAAACUUUGACCCGAAGAGCCAUCCUCCCGUUUGCAGCUCCCGUUUACGAUCUUCUCGGCUUCAUUGCUCCCGUGCUACUUCCGGCAAAGCCACAGUUACAGAGUUUCGUAAAAAGAAAGCUGGAAUGGGAUGAGCCUCUUCCCGCAGAGGAUCAGCAAGUUUGGAGCAGAAGAAGGAGACAGGUAAGACAUGUGUUUGAUAUGUUUUGCCGUAGGUGCAUUAGAGUAUAUCCACAGACACUGCAGAAUAGACAGAAGUGGUUAACUGAAAUCAGCGAUCUUAGGCAGGGCGAGUUAGUUUUAGUUUGUGAUAUACGCACAUCAAGAGGUCUGUGGCCUAAGGGUGUUGUGGAGCAAGUUAUCAAGAGCAAAGACCAACUGGUUCGACAAGCACUGGUGAGGACUAGCAAAGGCAUAUUGCGAAGAGACGUCAGACAGCUGUGCCUACUAGAAGCGUACCAGGAAGAAGAGAAUGAUGCCGUGGAAGCCAUCGUCCGGGAUAGGAAACCGCCGGGGGAGUGUAAAGUCCAAAAGGAACUUUGAUGUAUCCCCAAACUGGAUUGCUUACAUGAGGACACGGUAUCUCUUUUCCCUGAUUAUCUUGCACAUUUACACUGCUUUUCUGUGUUUUACAAGCGGUUAACAUAUCGCAUAUUUAUUUCUUACACUCCAUCACUGACACAUCCUUGAGGUUUCAAGGUCAUUCUUAUUAUUAUGUUACUGUGACACUGCCCAAAUACUCGAUCCGCCCCACGCUGGACAGUUUCUGCCCACUUGCAUUACGAUUGCGAAACCUAUUCGUAAGUCAUGUACUGUAUUUAUUAUGCCUUAUAGAACCACGGUUACAGGAUAAUUCGUUUUAUUCUUCUGCCCAGACCGUGCGUUAAGUCUAGGUUUAUCUGUUCGUAGUGUCUAGUUUAGUUUCGUACGACGUACUUAGUUUAGGCUUAGUAUCGUUGGUACAUAAGUUGAAUAGUGCAAUCAUGUCCGUUUCUGGUGAUUCUUUUGAUGAUGUUAACGUUACUGAUGCUGAGAAACUUCGAAAAGCUGAAUCCCGUAUUCGCCUGUUGGAGUCGGCUUUAACGAGCAUGCGCAUGUUGCAGGCGAAUACCGUUGAUGCUAAGGACUACUGCGAACCUGAAUUUGAGUCGGAUGCUCUUAUUAAUGAACGUUCCCGAUUUAUUCCGGCUGACGAUUUUGUGC